AACAUUUAUUAACUCAUGCAAGCUGAUUUGAACAAUAAGAGUUGUGAGAUUUUUAUAGGUAUAGAUAAAACAUGAUUCCUCAUGAUCUAGGAUUGCUUUGCUACCUCAGGGCCUGGACUGAAGAAGAAUCUAAGGUCAUAUGGCUGGCCAAUGAAGCCCAAGUGAAAGCACAGAAGUAAAUCAACAACUGAAUGGCUUCAACAAAAGAAAAUGAUCCAUUUGAAGGGGAAGUCAGUCCUGUCAUCACCCUGAUUGAGAUGCUGCGGCCUUACGAUUCCUGAUUAUUUAAUCCAAUCACGGCGGAUUGGUGACAUCAGGUGAUCAGAUGAGCCGGGAUGAAGAGCCUUAGGACAGGACGAGUCAGUCAGUUGGUGCGAAGACCGUUCAUGAGCUAUUACUAGGAUACUUUUCUCUUUGCUUGUUGGGGAUCCCCGUCAUUCCACAGGAUGGCUCGGGAUAUGUCCGAUAAGGAGAUCCUGAAAAUGGAAUUGGAGCAGCUGAAGAAAGAAGUGAACACACCGAGGACACCAGUGGGUGCAAACUGCACAGAGACAGUCACCUUUGUGGAGGCACUGCUUCCCAACGACCCCCUCAUCAAGGGCGUCCCAGACGACAAAAAUCCUUACAAGGGAGACAAGGGUGGCUGUAUAAUCACAUAGCAUGCAUCCAGAAUUUUCUACCCAUAUCUGACAGAAUUCCCGCAGACGCAAUGUACAGCACGGUAGCAAGACAAAAUAUGGAAAUUGUGGCCAUUUGUAAUUAAACGCAACUAGCUUCAAGAAAAA